UCUUCUCUUUGUUUUUUUUUCUUCCAAACUUGUUUGGUGUGAAGUGAAGCUCUUUGUUCUUCAUCAUGUCUAAUGAAACCAAAGAUCUUAACAAGUAUCACUAUACUUCAUCGUAUAAUCAUUACAACAACAUCAACAGCCAAAAUAUGAGUCUCCCUUACGUUUCUGGUCCAUGCACUUAUAAUGCAAACAUGAUCUCAUCACAAAUAGGUUCUGAUCUACACUCGAGUUCUCAAGGAGCGUUCGGAUUUGGUUUCGAGCUCUCGCCAUCUUCCAGCGAGUUUUUUAAUCCUUCGAUCGAUCAAGAAAAUGGUUUUUAUAAUGCUUAUAAUUAUAAUACUAGUCUCAAGAGUCAUGAAGUUGUCGGUGGUGGUGGUGCAAUCGCUGAGAAUGAAACUAGGGUUUCUGCAUCUCCUUCUUCCGGUGAGGCCCAUCAUCAUCACGGCGAAGAUUCUGGCAAAAGCCUGUUGAAAAGAGAAGCUGACGAUGGAGGAGAUAAACAACGUUCUCAGAAAGUAGUUAAAACAAAGAAGAAUCAAGAGAAGAAGAUAAGAGAGCCACGAGUCUCGUUUAUGACUAAGACCGAAGUUGAUCAUCUCGAAGACGGCUAUCGUUGGAGGAAGUACGGCCAAAAGGCAGUCAAAAACAGUCCCUAUCCGAGGAGUUACUAUAGAUGUACAACGCAGAAGUGCAACGUGAAGAAGAGAGUUGAGAGAUCUUACCAAGAUCCAACAGUCGUGAUCACAACCUACGAGAGUCAACACGACCACCCGAUCCCAACCACUCGCCGCACGGCAAUGUUUUCUGGACCCGCCGCAUCUGAUUAUAAAUCAUCAUCUCUAUCUCCAGGUUCCAAUUUCAUCAACACUCCAAGAAGCUUCUCACAUGAUGAUCUCUUUCGUGUGCCAUACUCAAGCAUGAAUGCAAACCCUAAUUAUCAGCAGCAACAAAACCAUGAGUUUCAGCAUGGUAGUGACUAUGAGCUUCUGAAGGAGAUGUUUCCUUCGGUUUUUUUCAAACAAAAACCUUGAUGAAAAAUUGUUUUGGGUGCAAAUGUUAAAACUUUGAAGAUGUAGUUGUACUAUACUAUCAUACAUAAACAAUAUCGGAUGCAUA